GCCGAGCCGGGCAUUGAGCAAACCAAACAUAAACAAAACUGCAACAACAACCAGACAACAACACAGCCUAACCUUUUACGCUCACUCUGAAUCAACCCAGAAACAUCCCCAGCGUUGAAAGCUGAACUUUCCAAAUAACAGACAGAGGUAGGAGCCAAAAAACGACAUAAAAACGUCACCAGCCCGAAUCUACGAUGGCAAAUCGGAGAAGGGGAAGCAGCGACUCAAACUCGGAGGAAGUUUCGAAGCUGCAUUCGCUCGCCCAACUUGCUGGAAUUUCCAUCUCGACAAGAACUCACAGGUUAAUGAUUUUGAUAACAAGUAAUGUUUGGUUGACAACUGACAAAGGACUAAAAAUCGUAAAUUUAACCGAAGCCGACUUGAAAGAAGCCCUUGUUUUGAUGAGAAACUCCUACUACCCUGAUGAAUCUGUGGCCAAAGCUGUGCGCCUACACGACUGCCCUGAAGCUGUAGAUGAGUUGGAAAAACUGACGAUCGAGACAUUUGAGGAUGGAUCAUCCCUAAUCGCAAUUUUGGAUGGGAAAAUUGUCGGCGCCGCUUUCAACAAAGUGCAAUUUAAACCAAAACCUGGUGACCAAAGCUACUUUGAAGACUUCAGAGAUUUCAAAUGCAAAACCGACACUGCCAAGGAGUACAUGGAUCUUAUGAUAAGGGUUGAUGCGAGAAACGACGCUUUCGAGUAUUACGGAGUGCAGAAAUCAUUGGAGCUCAUGUUCCUCGGCGUAUCCCGUGAUCAUCGAGGCUUAAGAAUCGGAAAGUCACUCGCAGAAGCAACGUGCAAACUCGCGAAAUCAAGAGACAUUCCUCUUGUCAACGUCAUCUUCAGUUCCAACUUCUCUCAGGCGAUCGGACGGGCCUUGCAGUGGGAUGAAUUAUGCACCAUUCAAAUGAACGAAUUCAGUUUCAAGGGAAGGCCAUACGGUGAUUUCACUGGCGAACACCAAACUCUGGUUGCGAUGGGCAAGAAAAUUGAUUAAUUAAUUCAUAGAGGUCUCAUUGUCAGCCGCGAGAUUUAAGGUGGCGCCUGCCAGGACCAGCUUAGCCGAGGUUUAUGCCUGGCAGUGGCUGACAGUAUUUUAUACGUGAAGUUUGAUAGUGCUCAAUGGUCCCGAAAUGCCGGAAGAUUUUUUUUUUUAAUUUUUGGCCCUAUUUCAUGUGGCGCAAGGCGGCUGGCUCGCUGAGACCUCUACAUAUUAAUUCACAAUAGUAGACUCAGAAGUGGUAAAUUAGGUGGACGGUGAUUCUCUUCAGAGAAAAAAUAUUUUGUGUGAAUUUGCAGGAUGAUAUUUAAGUCCCUGCACUCUUUGUCAAAUAUGCUAUUUGAAAGAGAUUAAAACUUGGUGAUAUUUUGUGCAA